GCCUGAAGCUGAACUUUGGAGUACACUUGAUUGCUCGGAGCAGGUUUUGGCACACCUGGCUUAAAGGAUUUCAGCUCCUGGUAGAUUCAGUUACUUCGGACAUGACCACAUAGUGUAUAACUCUGCGAGGUUUGCCCUUUCUGUCAGAAGUCAAAUUUUUCUGUGUGUAUCUGUACGUGAAGCUGUCUAUUGGUCUUGGUGUGGCAUCCCUGAUGUUCUCAGCAUGAAUGUUGUUGAGCUGUAUGAACCCGUCCAGCACCACUGGUUCUACAACCAACAGGUGGACUCCAAAGACUCCUGGCAACCCUUCAGCAGAGAAGACUCACAGCGGCUGGAGGAUGCGUACAAUCGAGUGGGGAAAUGUGAAAAGGAUGAAGUAGUAGUGGCUACAGAUGGAAGGAGGUAUGACGUCAGGCUACGUGAAAGGAAGCGUUACUCUGUGUAUUGGGAACAGAAGCCAGCCGAGGUCAGACGCUGCUCCUGGUUCCACAGAAGUAUCAAAGCCAUGACAGACACCCCCUACAGUGAAGAACUCAGUGAUAUCCUAGAGGUUGCCUAUAUGACUGCAGUGACCCUGGACAAAUGGAAGCAACAUUUGAAGCUCCCAAAAGGGAAAACUGUGAUCCUUCACAAUCCCAAGCUCAUGAUGCAGUAUCCCUCCAGCUGCAAGGUCUUCCCUUCUUCUCUGACUGAAUGGACUAAACCCAGGUCUCUAAAGAGAGGAAUUGAGAAUACUUCAGUAGAGAUACCAGAGGGAGAACCAGAGAUGGUAGACCACCUGGUGUUCCUAGUUCACGGUAUUGGUCCAGCCUGUGAAGGACGUCUCCGCCGUGGCAUUGUCCAGUGUGUUAAUGAAUUUCGAAUCAUCUCUAACCGCCUCCUAAAGAGCCACUUCAGCCACAGUGAGGACUUGUGCCUUAAUGGAAGGGUUGAGUACCUUCCAGUCAGCUGGCACAGCGUCUUGCAUGGUGAAAGUACAGGAGUUGACAAAGACAUUGAGAGAAUCUCUCUCCCUAGCAUUAGCCGCCUGCGUCAGUUCAGCAAUGACACAGUGCUGGACCUUUUCUUCUACAAUAGCGUUAAGCACUGCCAGGCUAUUAUGGAUACAGUGGCCUCUGAGAUCAACCGUUUGCACAGCCUCUUCCUCCAGAGACACCCACACUUCACAGGACACGCUUCCCUGGUUGGGCACAGCACGGGCUCAUUGAUCCUGUUUGAUCUCCUGACCAAUCAAGAGACUGAUGCAGAUAGCAAACCUCAUGAGCUCCAUGUGGAUGAUCAUGUAGACCCAGGUUGCGGUUCCUAUGAGAGUUUGGAGGAGUUGCUGAAAGGCCAUGGGUUGGAGGAGCACCUCAAUGUACUCCACCGAGAAAAAGUGGAUAUGGAGUCCUUGAUGCUCUGCUCAGAGAAGGACCUAAAAGAUGUUGGAAUACCCCUUGGUCCUCGCAAGAAAAUUAUGAAUUGUGUGAAGAAAUGGAAGCACUCUAGAACCGGAAGUGGACAUGCAGCCCAAAAUGAGAUGCACUCCCCAAGUCUCGGGAUUAGAAACUUUCAUGAACAGAAGACCCCCGCCACUAGUGCAGUUGAUUUUCAGCAUUUUGAUGUUUGCAUUGGACAAGUAUCCAUCAAUUAUCCUCAGUUAGCCUUUCAUCCUCAGGCAUUGUUUGCCAUGGGUUCACCCAUAGGAAUGUUUUUAACUGUCAGAGGUGUGAAGAGGAUACAUCCUAAUUACGGCCUUCCAACCUGCAAGAGUUUCUACAACAUCUUCCAUCCAUUUGACCCAGUGGCGUAUCGAAUUGAGCCCAUGAUUUUGCCUCAAGACAUCGACUUGCAGCCCAUGUUGAUACCCCAUCAUAAAGGCAGAAAAAGGAUGCACCUCAAAUUCAAAGGUUUGACUGAAGUCAAAUCUGAUUUAUUGGGAUCCCUCCGGAUGGUUAGGCAGAACAUUUCUCCAGUCCCUUCGCCGGUGAUCACAGAGGGUGGAAUCAGUUCCAUGACCCCUGCAGAUGAAGUAGAAGUUUCACCAACAGAACAGAAGGAAAGAAACCUCAAGGUGGGGAUGUUGAAUCGUGGGCGACGUAUUGACCAUGUCCUUCAGGAGAAGACUAUUGAAAGUUUAAAUGAGUACCUGUUUGCCAUACAGAGCCAUUUGUGCUACUGGGAGUCAGAAGAUGCUGCUCUGUUGGUUCUAAGAGAGAUUUAUGGAUAAUUUACAGUGAGAAAUGCUAAAUAAAUGUUAGGUUACAUACCUUUUUGUAUGGUACAACAACCUUUUAAAGCCAUUCCAGUCCACAGUGAGUCGACUGCUUCACACAUUUUAACCAGUCAGCCAAUAAAUUACCAAAUAAAAAAAAACUUUAACUUGGAAUCCUAAUUGAACUAUUGUUGCAGAAUUCAA